UGUUGACAGUCAUGGCGGAGUUUUUAAAAAGGAAUUAAAACAAUUAUUAUAUUGGAAUUAAAUGUACUGUACAAAGUGUCAUUUUGUAACAUUUUUCGUUAGCCGGAAGAAUUUUUCCAAUGUAAAAAAAACCGUGUCGUGGCUCAGAAAAGGUUGAAAAAACUGCUUCAGACAACUAGCGUUGACUCAGUUAGCCUAGCUAGUUCAGUUUAUGCGUUGCUAUACCUACAUCGGACAGCAGGGGGCGCCGCCGCCUUCAUGUUAACCGUGCAGAAGCUCGCAAGACCUCCGUUUCCUGAAACGCAUACUUCUGGAUUAGGAAGAACACACCCAGUGACAUCAGUGAAGUUUGAAGAAGAAGAAGAAGAAAAAAAAGUUCCAACUGUAAGUGUGCAGAGAAGAAGCAACAGGACCAAAGGGGUCCUGGUCGGAAUUCUUUGGAUAUAAGGCGGGUUUUUUGGGGGGCGGUUGGCGGUUGUUUAUUCGUCAAGUGUACUUUAAAGGUGGAGUUUUUUUUUUUGAAGAUGUCAACUUCAGACGAGACAGACGGGCCGAGGCCGCGAUAUGGAUCUGUUCUGGAUGGAGUGGAACGACUCACGGCGGAGGAGAUGGAUGAGAGGCGGCAGCAGAAUAUGGCCUACGAGUACCUAUGUCACCUGGAAGAGGCCAAAAGAUGGAUGGAGGCGUGUCUGGAUGAGGAAUUACCGCCCACUACGGAGCUGGAGGAGGGCCUCCGGAACGGCGUCUAUCUGGCCAAACUUGGCAACUUCUUUGCCCCUCGCACCGUCUCCCUUAAGAAGAUCUACGACCGCGAGCAGACGCGCUAUAAGGCGACUGGACUCCAUUUCAGACAUACUGAUAAUGUCAUCCAGUGGCUCAAUGCCAUGUCUGAGAAAGGCCUACCAAAGAUCUUCUACCCUGAGACGACAGACAUAUAUGACAGAAAGAACAUGCCACGCUGCAUCUACUGCAUACAUGCGCUAAGCUUGUACCUGUUCAAGCUGGGCCUCGCCCCGCAGAUCCAGGAUCUGUACGGCAAAGUGGAUUUCACCGAGGAGGAGAUCAACAACAUGAAGAGUGAGCUGGCAAAGUAUGGGAUCCAGAUGCCCGCCUUCAGCAAGAUUGGCGGAAUCCUGGCCAAUGAGCUCUCAGUGGAUGAGGCCGCAUUACACGCCGCUGUGAUCGCCAUCAACGAGGCCAUCGACCACGGCGUCCCGGAGGGCACCAUGGCGGCCAUGCAGAACCCCAACGCUAUGCUGGUUAAUCUGGACUCUAACUCCGCCCAGCAGUAUCACAACACAUUAUACCAGGCCAAGGGGGAGAAGGUGGCCAACUCACGCAAGCGGCAGAUGGAAAACGCUGACGCCGAGAGAGAUAUCUACGACGAGCUUCUCACCCAGGCCGAAAUCCAGGGCAACGUUAACAAAGUCAACGUGAAUAACGCCCUAAGUGCUGCUGAGCAGGCUUUGCUGAGCGGGGAUGAAGAUAAAUUGUACGAAGCUCUGAAGGCCAUGGGGGUCCACAACCUGCAGCUUCAAAACAAAGGCUGGUACCUGAAACAACUGCAGGCUGACCGGGAAAACAAAGAACUGGCGUCUCCUGGCCAGGCGCUGACCAAGGAUGAGCUGCAGGCUGGUGUGGACGUGGCCAAUGAAAUAGCGGAAAGCUACUUGAGAAUGCUGAAGGCGGUGGAGCGCAUCAACGCCGCCAUCCGGGCCGGAGUGAAAGAGAAGACCGUGGAGGAGCUGAUGAACCCUGACGCUCAGUUGCCCGACGUCUACCCCAGUGCUGCUGACCUUUACCAGCGAGAGCUGUCCAGUCUGCAGCAGCAAAGUCCCGAGGGCUCUCUGUCCCACCCGGAGCUGCUCGUCGCCGUGGAGAUGUUGUCCUCAGUGGUGUUGAUGAACGAGGCCAUGGACGUUGGAGACCGAGACACCCUCUGGAGACAACUGUCCAGCUCCAUCACGGGGCUUAGUAACGUGGAGCCUGACUACGCCCAAAGGUACAUGGAUGAGUUGAUGCGUCUUAAGGCGGCAGCCAGGGACGAGGGUUGCCAUUAUCUCACCUGGAACGACAUCCAAGCCUGCAUUGAUCAGGUCAACAUGACCGUGCAAGAGGAGCACGAACGUAUCGCGGCUAUCGGAUUGAUCAACGAGGCGCUGGAUGAAGGGGAUCCGAUGAAGACCUUGGCGAUGUUGCAGAAUCCGUCAGCGAAGCUCACAGCCGUGGACCCGUCUGUGGCUCAGCACUACCACGACAAACUGCUGGAGGCCCGCCGGGAGAAGGCUCAUGAGACCCAAGAUCCCUCUGCCGUGCUUUGGCUUGAUGAGAUCCAGGACGCUAUUCUAAAGGCCAACCAGGACACCAAGGACGCUUUGCUGUUCUCUCAGUCCAUCCACGCCAUCAACGAAGCGGUGGAUAGCGGCGAUGCAGCUCAGACCCUUACCGCGCUACGAAACCCUGGGGCGGGACUCUAUGGGGUCACGUCUGAAUGCGCGCAGACGUACCAGGAUGACUUGGCCAAAGUCAAGGAAGAGAAGAAGAAAGAUGGUGAUAACAAAAGCGAGUGGGUGCAACACUGGGUGAAGGGUGGACACAACUACUACUACAACCUGAGUACAAAAGAGGGUACCUGGGUGGAACCGGAGGGCUUCCUCCAAAACAACACCCAGCUCAACAAGGAGGACAUUCAGUCCGUUGUUUCGGGGGUAACCACGGCUUACAACCGAGAGCAGUUGUGGCUGGCGAAUGAGAAUCUCAUCACGAAGCUGCAAGCUCGUUGCCGUGGAUACCUGGUGAGGAACGCCGUAAAAGAGAGGAUGCGGUUCCUGAAAUCACAAGAGCCAGCCGUUACACGCAUUCAGGCUCACUGGAAAGGCCACAAACAGAGGAAGGACUUCAAUGAGCGUAAGAAAUACCUAGAGGACCACAGUGACGAUGCUGUAAAGAUCCAAUCAAUGGUUCGGAUGCAUCAAGCGCGUAAAAAAUAUCAGGAUCGUCUAAAGUACUUCAAAGAUCACAUUAACGACGUGGUGAGGAUCCAGGCUUUCAUCAGAGCAAACAAGGCCAGGGACGACUACAAGACUCUGAUCAGCGCCGACAACCCACCGAUGGCGGUGGUGAGGAAAUUUGUCCACCUGCUGGACCACAGCGACCAGGACUUCCAGGAGGAGCUGGAGCUCAUGCGGCUCCGUGAGGAAGUGGUCACCAACAUCCGCUCCAACCAGCAGCUGGAGAACGACCUCAACUUGAUGGACAUCAAGAUCGGUCUCCUGGUGAAGAACAAGAUCACUCUGCAGGAGGUGGUGUCCCACAGCAAGAAGCUGACCAAGAAGAACAAGGGACAUCUCUCCAACAUGAUGAUGAUGAACAAACACAGAGGAGGUCUGAAGGCCCUCAGCAAGGAGAAGCGAGUCAAACUGGAAGCCUACCAGCAUCUCUUCUAUCUAUUACAGACUAAUCCCACGUAUCUGGCCAAGCUGAUCUUCCAGAUGCCUCAGAAUAAAUCAACCAAAUUUAUGGAUUCCGUCAUCUUCACCUUGUAUAACUACGCCUCAAACCAGAGAGAGGAGUAUCUGCUUCUCAAGCUCUUCAAGACCGCUCUCCAGGAAGAGAUCAAAUCAAAAGUUGACCAGAUGAAGGAGGUCGUCACCGGAAACCCGACGGUCAUCAAGAUGGUGGUGAGUUUCCACCGCGGCGCGCGAGGCCAGAAUGCCCUAAGACAGAUCUUGGCGCCGGUUGUCAAGGACAUCAUAGAUGACAAAACGCUCAACAUCAAAACCGACCCGGUGGACAUCUACAAGAGCUGGGUCAACCAGAUGGAGACCCAAACCGGAGAGGCCAGUAAGCUGCCGUAUGAUGUCACGCCCGAGCAGGCUAUGGCUCACGAAGAAGUUCGGAACAGACUGGAGGCCUCCAUCAAGAGCAUGAAGGCGGUGACUGACAAGUUCCUUUCCGCUAUCAUCGUCUCCGUGGAUAAAAUUCCAUACGGGAUGCGCUUCAUCUCCAAGGUCCUGAAGGACACCCUCCAUGAGAAGUUCCCAGAUGCUACAGAGGAUGAACUGCUGAAGAUCGUGGGGAACCUUCUGUAUUACCGUUACAUGAACCCAGCGAUCGUCGCCCCCGACGCCUUUGACAUCAUCGAGAUGUCGGCGGGCGGCCAGCUCACCAACGAGCAGCGCCGAAACCUGGGCUCCGUCGCCAAGAUGCUGCAGCACGCCGCCUCCAACAAGAUGUUCCUCGGGGAUAACGCCCACCUGAAUCCCAUCAAUGAAUAUCUCAGCAAUUCUUAUCAGAAGUUUCGGCGCUACUUUUUGACAGCAUGUGAUGUCCCUUCACUUGAAGAUAAAUUCAACGUGGAUCAAUACUCUGACUUAGUCAACGUCACCAAACCUGUCAUCUACAUCUCCAUUGGAGAGAUUAUUAACACUCACACGCUGCUGCUGGACCAUCAGGAUGCUAUUGCUCCGGAGCACAACGAUCCCGUCCACGAGCUGUUGGAGGACCUGGGAGAGGUUCCCACUGUCGAGUCCCUCAUUGGUGAAAAUCCUCUCCCUCCUGAUGACCCGAACAAGGAGGUCAUGGGAAAAACCGAGGUGUCACUUACACUGACGAACAAGUUCGAUGUCCCUGGUGAGGCCAACACUGAAGUGGACGCCAAGACCCUCCUGCUCAACACCAAGAGGCUGAUUGUGGAUGUGAUCCGCUUCCAGCCUGGUGAGACUCUCACUGAGAUAUUGGACUCAACAGCUGGUCCGGAGCAGGAAGAGGAGUACCAGCGCGCCAUGCAACGGCGAGCCAUCCGCGACGCCAAGACCCCAGAGAAGAUGAAGCAGGUCAAACCGGUCAUGGACGAUAGCCUCACAUUACAAGGGAAGAAGGAGCGGAUUCAAAGCAACCUGACGCGGUUAGCCGAGCUGGGCAAAGUCAAUCCCGAGAACCGCUACCAGGACCUCAUUAACGACAUAGCCAAGGACAUCAGAAACCAGAGACGGUAUCGCCAGCGCAGGAAAGCUGAGCUGGUGAAACUCCAGCAAACCAACACGGCGCUCAAUUCCAAGACCAAUUUUUACAACGUGCAGAUUGAUUCCUAUAAUCAAUAUAUUAAGACCUGCAUGGACAACCUGGCCAGCAAGGGCAAGCUGUCGAAGCCCGGAGUCAGCAAGGCCAAAAAGAGUAAACAAGUUUCCCAGAAAUACACGGCCUCGCGUUUAUACGAGAAGGGUGUGCUGAUCGCCAUCGAGGACCUGCAACCCAACCAGUUCAAGAAUGUUAUUUUUGAAAUCUCUCCAUCCGAGGCUGUUGGCGUGUUUGACGUGAAGGCCAAGCUCAUGGGGGUACACUUGGAGACUUUACAGUUAGAAUACCAGGAUCUCCUCCAGCUGCAGUACGAAGGCGUGGCCGUGAUGAAGAUCUUCGACAGGGCGACCAUCAACGUCAACCUGCUCAUUUUCUUGCUCAAUAAGAAAUUUUACGGGAAAUAGAGGAAACAAACGGCCACGGACUGAUUUAGCCGCCAAUGUAACCUUUUUUUUUACGCUUGCUGAAAAGCCCCCGACCGACUUGGACCGCCGUGGUUGUCCAACGUCUGUCAAACGCCCCGAAUACGCUUGGUUGUCGCGCCUUUGCAGGUUUAUUUUCUACGAUGUUGCAUCACGUAACUGUCGCCAGAUGUUUAACAGCUGUAUUUUUUUUCUUGAAAUAUUAUGAAUAUCAUGAUCACUUAUAAAAAUGUUAUGUUUUAUGUCCACAGAUUGUGUUUUUUCUUUGCUGAGCUGAUUGAUAGAGCCUGAUUAGCAUCGCAAAUACAAAUACAAAAAAAUACUCAAAACA